GCUUGCCAAAAUGGUGACAAGGAAAUAUUUCUUGACGCUGUGAACAAGGGAGCAGAUCUGGACAGAAGUGACUGGGCCGGAUUCACGGCUUUGCACUAUGCAGUUGCUCACUUUCAGCCAGGGAUUGUUUCAAUGCUUUUGUCUGCAGGAGUUGACGUGAACAGGAGGGACAAGAGAGGCUUCUCCCCCCUCAUGCUCGCUGCUGCCUAUCGCAGUAGGCUCAUGGUAGACCUGCUUGUCAUUACAGGGAAGGCCGACGUCAACCUUGCACAAGGGCACAACUCAUCCUUUCCCGGCGCUACAGCUUUGCAUCAAGCUGCAAAGACUGGAGACCAAGAAGUGUGCAAGGCAUUGAUUGAAGGAGGCGCGCGAAUGCAUGCCGCUGAUGCGUCCGGUCGUACUCCUGCCGAUUGGGCUGCUAUG